GAAGCGCGGCGGGCGGAAGUGGCGGGGGCCGGGCGACCUGAGGCCGAGGUUGCCUAGUUGUAUUGUACUCACAGGGGCAGUGUACCCAGAGGCACUAUGGAGAGGGAUAGACAUCAGAAGAAACGAAACACCCGCCGGAAUAGUUCCUGAAGGAGAUUUGAUUCCUGUUCGCAGUUGUUUUGAAGGGGGAUACCCUCUGGCUCAGAAUUAAAAUGCUCUGGUUUCAAGGAAAUAGCCUGCAGAUUGCCAAAGCCUCCUUUGGACUCUUGCGAAAUCUCUCUGCCUCUAACACAGCUCUGCCUGUGCUGACCUUAUUCACAAAGGAUCCAUGCCCGCUCUGUGAUGAAGCCAGAGAAGUACUCAAGCCUUAUAAAGACAGGUUUAUAUUGCAGGAGGUGGACAUCACACUUCCAGAAAAUUCUACUUGGUAUGAAAGGUAUAGAUUUGACAUCCCCGUCUUCCAUCUGAAUGGCCAGUUUCUGAUGAUGCAUCGAGUGAACACCUCAAAGCUUGAAAAACAGCUUCUGAAACUUGAGCAGCAGGUGCUGAAGACAAACUGAGGCCUCGUGAUUUCCACCCUCUCUGUCAGAAGGCGUCUGCCUGAGGCAAUCUUUGGUCAGAAGACUCCCACUGCUUUUCUGAGACUCGCGGUUUGAACCCGGGAUGCCAGCCCUCAAAGGUGACUGCUUAUAUAAAUUCUUCUCAUCUGAGGCUGCUGUCAUUAGCUCCGCUGGCAACUGUCAUUGAAAAUGACUUGCAAUCAUUGUUCACUGACAGGCUCAGGGAAGCACAUCUCACUGAGUGGUGUCCUAAAUAGUGCAACCUGCUUGGUAAACCCCUGUAAGGCGUCUUUCAGGCACACUGUUCUCAAAUUCUACCAACAGCAGGCAGUGCCCUUGCAACACCCUCCCAAGCCCACAAGGGACGCCUUGACAGAUCCCCAGGGGGCAUACCAGCAUUCACAGGAAGAAACUGCUUCUAUUGUUGCUCGGGAGCUGGCUGCCUCUCCUCCUAAUGCAAAACACAGGCAAGGCCUGACUGCUUAAGAGGAACAGCAGCUCUGGUCUCCUCUUAUCCUUGAGACGUCAUGACUUCAGAUCUUCCCUAUUGAACACUCAGUAAGGGAAAGUUGAAAUGUCAUACCUUCAGCCUGUGCUUUUCAGAGUCUGCACCCUUCUUAGAAACAAAACAAAGUGAUACUCAUGAACACCUGUUGAUGAGGACUGAGCCAAGGAGCAGUGUGGGUGGUGGAUGGGAGGUGUUGCCCAGGCAGUAAAUCCAAGUUGCUCACACCAAAGGCAGUGUUUCUAGGGAAGCUAGCUGAGUAAGUGGUAAAUACUUAGUCAUUUAGGAGAGGCCAUAAAUGACCAGUCCAUCAACAAGGGAAGGUCUGUUUUCAAAGUGUUCACAGAAUGGUAGGAUGCUAUUUUCCUCUUCAGUUCAGCUUCAAUGCACAACGCAUUUCCUUUGUUUAGAAAUGUAAAGGUUUCUAUAAUCAAAUCUUUGUUUGGCAAGGUGUUAAUAAACGGCUACAAUUUG